CUUCUUGGCAUCUUCCAUUCUUAUCAAACCGCCUUAGUUAUUAUAGACAGAGAAAGCUCAAGAGACCAAAGCAAAGAGAUAGAUGGAGAAGGCAAUUGAAAGGCAGAGAGUUUUAUUGGAGCAUCUUCAUCCUUCUGCCUCAUCCUCUUCACUCGAGAACAUCGGAUCUUUCGUUUCUGCAUCUCCAUGUGCGGCUGGGGAUAGUGCUGCCUACCAGAGGAGUUCAGUUUAUGGAGACGAUGUGGUUAUAGUAGCUGCAUAUCGGACACCGCUUUGCAAGGCAAAGAGAGGAGGGUUUAAAGAUACUCAUGCUGAUGAUUUGCUUGCCCCUGUUCUGAAGGCACUAAUUGAGAAGACAAAUUUGAAUCCAAAUGAAGUCGGGGAUAUUGUUGUGGGUUCAGUGUUGGGUCCAGGUUCUCAAAGAGCCAGUGAAUGCAGGAUGGCUGCAUUCUAUGCUGGUUUUCCUGAAACUGUGCCUAUAAGAACUGUGAAUAGGCAAUGCUCAUCAGGGUUGCAGGCUGUGGCAGAUGUUGCUGCAGCAAUUAAAGCUGGUUUUUAUGACAUUGGAAUCGGUGCUGGUUUGGAGUCGAUGACAGCCAACCCAAUGGCUUGGGAAGGAUCUGUCAAUCCAAGAGUGGAAUCAAUUCGUCAGGCCCAAGAUUGUCUUCUUCCAAUGGGAGUGACAUCAGAAAACGUUGCUCAUCGUUUUACUGUAACAAGGCAAGAACAGGACCAGGCUGCUGUUGACUCACAUAGAAAGGCUGCUGCUGCCACCGCUUCUGGUAAAUUCAAAGACGAGAUUAUCCCUGUCUCAACUAAGAUUGUUGACCCCAAAACUGGAGAUGAAAAAACUGUUACCAUUUCCGUAGAUGAUGGAAUUAGGCCAAGCACCAAAUUGUCAGAUUUGGCAAAGCUGAAGGCAGUGUUUAAGAAAGAUGGAACCACAACUGCUGGAAAUUCUAGCCAAGUGAGUGAUGGUGCAGGUGCUGUUCUUCUCAUGAAGAGAAGCACUGCAAUACAAAAAGGAUUGCCGAUUUUAGGUGUAUUCAGGACAUUCGCUGCAGUGGGUGUUGACCCUGCAAUCAUGGGUGUUGGCCCUGCUGUUGCAAUUCCUGCUGCUGUUAAGGCUGCCGGACUUGAACUGGAUGAUAUUGAUCUUUUUGAGAUAAACGAAGCAUUUGCAUCACAAUUUGUAUACUGCCGUAAGCAUCUAGGUCUUGACCCAGAAAAGAUUAAUGUGAAUGGUGGUGCUUUGGCUAUUGGUCAUCCUUUGGGUGCAACAGGAGCUCGAUGCGUUGCAACACUAUUGCAUGAGAUGAAAAGGCGUGGAAAAGAUUGUCGGUUUGGUGUGAUAUCGAUGUGCAUAGGAACGGGAAUGGGGGCAGCUGCAGUUUUUGAAAGGGGAGACUGUGCAGAUGAACUCUGCAAUGUGAGGAAGGUUGAGGAGACCAAUAGGAGUCGUCUUCUAUCCAAGGAUGCUCUAUAACUUGUGAAGAACCACAUUCCUUACUGUUUUAUUAUUUCCUAUUUAUAAGACACCAAACCUCGUGUACAAUUUUAUCAUUUCCUAUUUAUAAGACACUAAAGCUUAUGUACAAUUUUAUCAUGGGUGGGGUGGGGGUGGGGGUGACAUUCAUAAAGGUAUGUGAAGUUGGAAGUGGAAGUUGAAUAGUUGAUUAAUUUGUAAGCUUUGGGUAUGGAUAUUGAUUAUUACAUGUUAAUCUCAA